AUGUCUGUAUUACCUACAAACCCAUCCGACAGGAAUGCCCGUGCAUACAACAAGGAAGAAAGGGCAUUAUUAGAUGCCUACAAAGAAGAAUAUCUCAAGACUUCAACUCCAAAAGAGCGUGGAGAUAUAGUUCGCACCAGAAUGCUAAAGGCUCUUACUACGCAUUGGGAUAAGCACGGGAUCAAGUAUGAUCCACAAAAGGCUCAAACGGAUCUCCUUAAAUGGGCGCAAAACCUCUGGCGAAUACCGACUGUCAAGGGAACAGCCUCAUCAUCAAAAGUUCUGACUGUCAGAAAAUUUGAUGUUGUUGCACGCACCAUGAAAGAUAAGGUGGAAGCCGAAAUUGAUACAAUUCUGGGACCAGAAAACGCACACAUUCCUGCUAAACGAUUUGGGGUUUACACAACGGCAGUAAGCCAGGUUAUCAAGAAUUUGACCCCCGAAGCUUCGCGUAAGUUAGACGCUGAUGUUUCAAACAUAUCAGCGCAGGGUUAUCCUGAAGAAAUACGACGCCAGUUGGUAGAAAAAUACUACGAGAAACGAUUGAAAGACAGCGCUGAGGCAAACUGGAAGGAAAUGGGGUUGCAUGCGGUAACCUUUGUUGCCUUUGAGGAUUCAACAGGCCGCAUUGUAGCUGAAAUUCAUGAUGACAUUGCCGAGCUGCUUGGACUGAAAACUGGCUUAAAGGUUAAAUCCUUUGAGCAAACAUAUCCUAAACAAGCUCGUGAAAUGCAGCGGCUGAUGAUAGAGUAUGUUCGCAGCCUGAUUGAUAAGUCCCAGGGAAAGGAAACUACAUCCCCUCAACCAAACACUUUGGGUAUCAGCGACGAUGGGUUUCCUUUGAUUAGUGCAAGCUAUGACAAGGAUAACCUGCACAAAUCCGAAGCUUCAAAGCUCUAUCGAGAAUAUCUGUCAGCACAUUAUAAGCUGGCAACAAACAAUAGAACCGAACAAUGUCCGUACGAUAGCCUGGUAAAAGAUACGUCCAGUUUUAUCAAACCAGAAUAUCUUCCGGACGGAUUUGUAUUUCGCGACCCACAUAACACCCAGCUAGAGAGUAUCAAGGAGUUCUUCGAUCACAUUGUAGAACGUGAACGCUCCUUACCUCCUGCACAAGUGUUUCGCUUCCACAAUGUCACGACUGCACGAAUUAAUGGAACAAUUGUUCCAUCAUCAUACCCCGAUGACGUGAAGGAUUCCAUUGGUGAGGAGAUAGAUUUGACAACCAAACCUAAGCGUCAAAAAAAGAGGGCCACAAAGAAAGCUCAGAAGCAAAGCUUAGUUACUGCCGAGGAAGAUGCUCACAGUGACUCUGGGCCAAGAAUUAACGUGGCUUGCGAUACCGACGUGAUUCCUCGCCUCCAGGCCAGUGGCGAAUUGCAUUCUCGCCUCCAAAAUGAUGGCGAGUCACACACCGACAGUGCUUCUCGCCUCCUAGUCAAUGGCGAAUCGCACGCCAAGGCAGUCCCUUGCCUCCAUGUUAAUGGCGAGUCAAAUACCAACAGUCCUCCUCGCGUCCAAGUCAAUGGCGAGUUGCACGCUGCAGGUCCUCGCCUCCAAGUCAAUGGCGAGUCGCACACUGAGGCUGUUCAUCGCCUCCAGCUCAAUGGCGAGACACACACCAACAUUGCUCCUCGCCUCCAAGCUAAUAGCAAGUUGCACACUGAGGUUGUUCCUUACAAUGAAAUCAGUGACCAACACUACUCCAAAGACAAUGUUAAUGCUUCAGCGGUUACUGACCUUGAUCGUUGGUUGCAAAUGAAUGGAGAAUAUCACUCCACUCCGGGCCCUUCAAGCCAGGUCGGUCUCGACGAGGGAUUCAGUGCAUUUACUCUGGACAAUGACAACAUGUUCCAGUACCUAUACAACAAUGGAGCCUUCAGUUUCCCUGACUUUACUACCGGCACACCAAUUGCGUCAGGGUCAGGUUCUUCAGAGAACAAUUUCGCCUCUUUCCCAGAAGUCUCUUUCACCCAGAUGCUCAUGGAUGACCAGCCAAUUCCUAAUGUUUCUCUCCCAGUAUCAAAUCCAUUUGGAAAUACAAAUGCCAAGGAUAUAGCUGAACACGAGUCAGAAAUGCCAUCUUUAGCAAGAAUUAAUGGAUCUCAUACGGGAAUAACAAAUGCUGCAUCCACGAAUGGAAAUUUCAUUCGAAAUUCCAACAACACUGAUCCCGAGCGUUUGGGGGGGGAAGCUUUGCCUAGAAAUCGUCAUUCGCAUGGACAGUCUGAUACAGAUCCAUCCCUUCCUACAGAAAAAACCUUCAUUUGGCGUCCUGUUACUAUUUCAGAUGCAAAUCAACCGUCUUCGACCGAAAGGGUUACUGGAAAAAAUUCAAUACCAAAUGAUUCCAGUUCUAGCAACGUUGAAACGGCUAUGAAAACCAGGACUGAAGAAGCCACCAUACCUAUCAGUAACGUUGAAAUGCCUUUGAAAACAAGGGCCGUUCCUAAGCCAAAAGGGCAACCAACAAAAAGAAAAGAUAAUAUUUCUCAGUCUUCUCCCGUGCACAUAUUUAACAAAGUGCUCAACGACAUACCGAUGACACCGACAAAAUCCGCCUCCAUAACAAAGUCAAAUCUAACCUCGUCUAUGCAGGUCACUACUGCAUCCCGUGAAACACCGCAAGGGAAUUCUACCCAGGCUGCGCAAACAGUCAUUGACCGCUCUUUGAAAAGGAAAGGACACACUCACAAAGUGAUUGACAAUGAAAAAGACUCCAGGCCAACAAAACGAUAUCUAUCAGCAGAUGAACUUGCGGCACACGAGGCAAACAAGAUGAAGGUGGGGGGAAAGCGAGUUCCAAAGAAAAGGGUGCUUGGGUAA